AUGGUAAGCUGUCCUCUAAUAAUUGAGCCCUUGUGGCCAAGUCAAAACCCUUCACUUAAGCAGCAAGAUUUGGAUGUGCGGCAACCGGCAACCAGCCAGGUCCUCGGAGCUCCGAAACAGUUGCUUUUGGAGAUGGCGCCGUUCAUGGUUGCGGCUUCGCGGGGAUUAUUGUCGAAGCUGGCCACGAUGCCACUCGGUUCGCGGUGGGAGACAUGA